CUGAGCAUGCGCACUCUGUCCGGCCUUUUCCCAGUUCUCCAGCGCCCUAACCAGCGCUGUGACUCUCCGGUCCUAGCCUUGACGGGACAAAAUUCGGCGAAAUGGGGUUCGUUAAAGUUGUGAAGAACAAGGCUUACUUUAAGCGCUACCAGGUCAAGUUCCGCAGAAGGAGAGAGGGCAAGACUGACUACUUUGCCCGUAAAAGACUGGUUGUCCAGGACAAGAACAAGUACAACACCCCCAAGUACAGGAUGAUUGUCCGCGUCACCAACAGAGACAUCAUUUGCCAGAUUGCUUACGCCAAGAUUGAAGGCGAUACAAUCGUCUGUGCCGCAUACUCCCAUGAGCUUGCCAAGUAUGGCAUCAAGGUUGGGCUGACAAACUAUGCUGCAGCUUACUGCACAGGACUGCUGAUGGCCCGCAGGCUUCUAAACAAGUUCGGCCUUGACAAGGUCUAUGAAGGCCAAGUGGAAGUUACUGGUGACGAGUACAAUGUGGAAAGCAUCGACGGACAGCCUGGCGCAUUCACCUGUUACCUGGACGCUGGUCUGACCAGAACCACCACUGGAAACAGAGUAUUUGGGGCUUUGAAGGGAGCUGUUGAUGGUGGCCUCUCCAUUCCUCACAGCACAAAACGAUUCCCCGGCUUCGAUUCAGAGAGCAAAGAGUUCAAUGCCGAAGUCCACCGCAAACACAUACUGGGCCAGAACGUGGCGGAGUACAUGCGUCUCUUGAUGGAGGAAGAUGAGGAAGCGUACAAAAAGCAGUUCUCUCAGUACAUAAAGAAUGGCAUCACACCUGACCAAAUGGAAGAGAUGUACAAAAAGGCUCACGCCACUAUCAGGGAAGACCCAGUCCAUGUAAAGAAACCAGAGAGAGAAGUCAAAAAGAAGAGGUGGAAUCGUGCCAAAAUGUCUCUGGCACAAAAGAGAGACCGCAUUGCCCAGAAAAAAGCUAGCUUUCUCAGGGCUCAGGAGAAGAUGGCAGACAGCUAAAUUGGGUGUUUUGCAGUUUUCUACACACAGCUCAUGAAAAUAAAUCUAUUCACAUCAAA